AUGCAGGCUGGCGUCGCAGUCAAGGUGGAGCCGGGGGGACCUGCAGGGUGCUCUCAUCCAGGCUUUCCCUCCGGCGCCGCCUGCAGCGGCGGCCAUGAGGGCCCAUGCAGUGGCGGCCCAGGCGGGGCUGCGCCAUCGCCAGCACUGCUGCCGCCCGAUCCAGCGCCGCUGGGUGGCCAUAUCGUUCAUCCGGCGCCGCAAAUGCUGGCCGUCCCCACUGGCAGUUCGCUUGGCGCCGCACAGCAAUACCUGCAGCAGCAGCAGCAGCAGCAGCAGCAGCAGCAGCCGGCCGUCGAUGACGGGGUGGCGCUAUUCGGCAGCCAUGGAGGGGCCCACGGCGAGCUGCAGCCCUUCCCCGCGGCUUGCUCCAGCGGGCCCGCCGGCGGUGAGCCGGGGGCGGGCGGCAUGGAGGACGACGAGGAUGAGGAUGAGGAGCACGAGCAAGAGGACGACGAAGAUCAAGAAGAUGCAGGCGGCGGCGCCGCGGCCAGCGCUCGCGGCCCGCCGCCCGCACGGGGCCGUGCCGCAGCCAAGGGCAAGAAGAAGCCCCACCUCCAGGGCCGCUUCAGCGGGCGGCUGGCCACCAAGGACGACGAGAAGCGGCUCGUCCAGGAGUGCCGCCUGCUGGGGCCGCUGCUGGGCGGCGUGGGCAAGCGCGGCGACGGCAGCCGGCUGACGCUCGCGAAGAUAGUGCGCGGCAUCGCGGCGGGGGAGGUCAGGCAAUACUGCCAGGAGCGGGAGCGGUACUUCAAGGCGCUGUCGCAGCGGUCGAGCGCCCUGGAGGAGGCGGUGCGCGAGGUUGACGAGCUGCGGGAGGCGAACAGGCAGCUCAGGGAGCGGCUGAGCGCGGACGCGGGCCGCGGCGGCGGCCGCGGGGGAGCAGGAGGAGCCGCGCCGCAGGCCGACCACGCUGACGGCGAGGCCAUGGCGUUUGACGCCGCGCCGAUGCAGGGCGUGGUCAACGGCAUGGUCAACGGCACGCGGCAGAUGGAGGCGCGGCAGUCCAGCUUCGCCUCUCUGUCGGACGCCAGCUACCCCCGCGCGGACCCAGGGCUGCCGCCGCUGCCGGCCGCGGCGGCGCCGGCGGUGCCGCAGAUGCUGAUGGUGGCAGCGCCCCCGGCUGCGGAGGCCCUGCAGCCGCUGCUGCAGCAGCAACAGCAGCAGCAGCAGCAACAGCAGCUGCACCAGCAGCUGGCACAGCCGCUGCAGCAGCACCUGCAGCCGCAGCUGCAGCAACAGCAGCCGCACCAGGCGCCGCUGCUGCAGCAGCAGCUGCUGCACCCGGGCGCCGCGCCGCUGGACGACCCGUCCCACGCCCAGGCAGCGGCGCUGCCGCCUGUUGCCGCGCAGCUCGCUGGCGGCGCCGCGGGCAUGGGCGUCGUUGGCGGGGCGGUGCCGACGGCGGCGCUGCCCGUGAGCCUGCCAAUGUCUCUGGUGCAGGCACAGGUGGCUUCACAGCCCGUGGCCUGCCUCCCGCUGGGCUCGCAGGCCAUGGCCAUGCACCAGCUGCAGAUGCAGGCGCCCCUACCAGCCGCGGGCCCGGCAGGGCCGUCCGGCGGCGCCGUCGCGGCCGCCGCCGCGGCCCAGGCCCACAUCGCGGCCCAGGCGCAGGCCGUGUCGCACGCGGCGAUCUGCGCGCAGCAGCACGCGCACAGCCUGCAGGCCGCGGCGCACGUGCACGCGCAGCGCGCUCAGGAGGCGAGCCAUCAGGUGGUCAGCCUGCAGGCGACAGCGCAGGCGAUCGCGCAGACGCACACAGAGAUUGUCCAGAAGAUCGAAUCCGUGAAGGUCGCGGCCGUCGCCCACAUGCAGAACCCCCAGGCGCUGAUCGCGCCAGCUGAGGUGGUGAAGCACGCGGAGGAAGCCGUGCAGAAGCUGCAGGCGCAGGCGCAGGCGCAGGCCGUCGCGGCGAUGGAGGUGAGCGCCGCGGCGCAGCGCGCCGAGGCCGAGGCGCAGAAGCACGCGGCCGCGCACGUGCACGCCGCGGCGCAGGCGCAGCAGCUGCAGGCGCAGGCGCACAGCCUCCACAUGCAGGCUGCGAUGACGACGGCGGCGUCGGCGCCGGUCGCCGCCGGCUUUGAGGCUCAGGGUAUUGCUCCUGGCGGCGUGGUGGCCGGCGUGCUGCCCGCCGCGCCACCUGCGGGGCUGCAGCUGCCAGUGGCUGUGGUGGCGCCGGCCGUGGCGGCGCCCGCGGGGCUCGGCAUCGGCGGCCCCUACCCUGGCUCGCAGGCGGGCCUGCUCGGCUCAACGGCCGCGGCCGCCGGCGGGGCCGGCGCCCUGACGGCGCCGCCGACUGCGGCGCAGCUGCCCGACCCGGUCGUCAGCGCGGCUGCGCUGCAGUCUGUUGGAUCUGUCGGGUCUGUUGGAUUCGUGCAGGGCUCCAUUGCCAGCACUCAAAUGCCCAUGGCAGGGGUGAUGGCGCCCUCCGCUGCGCUGAUAGCGCCACACCAGCACCAGCAGCAUCACCACCAGCAGCAGCAGCAGCAGCAGCAGCAAAUGCAGCAGCAGCAGCUACAGCAACAACAGCUGCAGCAGCAACAGCAGCUACAGCAGCAGCAGCUACAGCAGCAGCAGCUGCAGCAGCAGCAGCAGCAGCAGCAGCAGCAGCAGCAGCAGGCUAUGUUGUCGCUAUCGCCCUCGAUCCCUGGAGCCGCAGUGGCCCCCGCAGCCCUGAUCGCGGCCCCAGCCCACUCCCAUUCAGGGCCACCCUUGACAGGGGGCAGCGAGGCGGCGACGCCGACCCCGCGCACCAGCUCUGGGGAUGCGGCAGCGUUCCACGCCGCCUCGGUCCAGCAGGCUGCCACGAUGGCCGCACAGCAUGCGGCGGCCCAGCAGGCCUUGCUGCAACAAGCAGCUCUCCAGCAGCAGCAGCAGCAGCAACAGCAGCAGCAGCAGCAAGCUCAGGCGGACGCUGCAUCGGCAGUGGCUGCCGCGGCCAUGGCGCAGGCGGCAGCAAACGCGGCGCAGCAGGCGGCUCAUUUGCAACAGGCCCAGGCGGUGGCUGCGGUGGCACACGCGGCCAACAUGCAGGCCCAGCAGCAGCAGCAGCAGCAGCAGCAGCAGCAGCAGCCUGACUCCGCCUCCAUCGGGGCUGCUGCUGUCGCCGCUGGCACGAGCGGCGGCACGCUCGCGAUGCAGACUCAGCAGUCUGUUGCAGCGAGCGCAACUGGCAGCGCGGCGGGGCUGGCUUCCAUGCUGUCAGGCCAUCAGCGAGAGGGGUCUGUCACAGGGCCGCAGCACCUUCCGCCAGUGGCAGCACAGCAAGAGGGCGCAGCUUCGAUGCAGCAGCUGCUCCAGCAGCAGCAGCAACAGCAGCAACAGCAGCAGCUGCUGCAGCAGCAGCAGCAACAACAGUUGCAACAGCAGCAGCAACAGCAGCAGCAACAGCUGCAGCAGCAGCAGCUGCAGCAGGUCGCAGCUGUGGUGGCGCAGCAGCAACAGGCGGCAGCCGCAGCUCAACAGCAGCAGCAGCAGCAGCAGCAGCAGCAGCAGCAGCAGCAGCAACAGCAGCAACAGCAGCAACAGCAGCAACAGCAGCAACAACAACUGCAGCAGCUCGCGGCAGAGGGGACACCGACCAUCACGCCACGAACGUCUCUGCAAGGCAGCACGCCGCCCAUCGCCGCGCCGUCCGCCUCGCCCGCAGACGUGCGCGCCUUUAACGUGGCUGCGCAGCUGCAGGCGCAGAGUGCGGGCUGGCCGGCGGGGGUGGGCGGUUCCGUCGGGAUCGUGCAGCACGCGGCGGCAGCAGAGAUGCAGCUGCAGAUACAGCAGGCGCAGCAGCAGCAGCAGCAGCAACAGCAGCAGCUCCUGCAGCAGCAGCAGUUGCAGCAGCAGCAGCAGUUGCAGCAGCAGCAGCAGCAGCAGCAGCAGCAGCAGCAGCAGAGCCAAGUCCAAGGAAGCACGCAGCAGCCGUCCAUCGCGGCUGUCACGGGUGUAUCCGCACAAGCGCAGCCGCCAGCCCCCGCCGCCGCCGCCCCGCGGCCGGCUCCGCUGGCGGCCCCGACUGGCGCCGCGCUCCCCCUUGGCGCGCUCGCCCUGCCGCCGCUCCCGGCCCCGCCGCCCGGCCUCGGCCUGCCGCCACUGGCGCCGGCCCCGCACGCGCACGCGCAAGCGCCGCCGCGGCCGCAGGUGCCGCAGGCGGUUGCCCCCCUUGACGCGAUCGAGGCGCAGCUCAGCGCGCGCGGCGGCCUCGACGUCUGCCUGCUGGACGUCCCCGGGCUGAUGCCCGCUGAUCUUGACCCGUUGACCGUCGAGCGGCUGGUGCAGACGCCCACGCCGACGCCCUUGACCGCGGGCGGCGCGGCGCCGCCGGGGGCGCCGGGGAUGCUCGCGCUUCCCGGCCUGCCGCCGCUGACGUGA